AUGACUAAAAUAAAAAAACGUAAAUCAACAACAUCUGUAUCACCAAAUCGAUUAGAAAAAAAACUUAAAAAAUCUCGUCGGCAAGAACAAAUUGAUAAAGACAAUAAUGAUGAAUCUCUUAAUCUUCAUCGAUUAGGUCCAGCACCAGCAUCAACAUCAUCAUUAGUUCAACGUUUACCAUCAACACGUGAAUCGGAUAAAAUUCAAUCAAUGAAAACAUCAUGGAUUAAUAAACAACGUGUUCUAAUAUUUUCAUCACGUGGUAUAUCAUAUUUAGGACGACAUGUUAUGAAAAAUUUACGUUCAAUAAUGGCACAUUCAAAAAGUGAACCAAAAGCUGAAUUACGUAAAAAUUUUUCUGUUCUUAAUGAAAUAGCUGAAUUACGUAAUUGUAAUAAAAUAUUAUUUUUUGAUAUGAAAAAAAAACGUGAUCUUUAUUUAUGGAUGGCAUCUGUACCUGAUGGACCUACAGUUAAAUUUCUUGUUGAAAAUUUACAUACAAUGGAAGAAUUAAAAUUAACUGGUAAUUGUUUACGUGGUUCAAGACCAUUAUUAUCAUUUGAUACUAAAUUUGAUGAUGAACCACAUUGGAAAUUAAUUAAAGAAUUAUUAACACAAAUAUUUGGUACACCAAAAUCACAUCCAAAAUCACAACCAUUUAUUGAUCAUGUAUUAACAUUUACAUUAAUUGAUAAUAAAAUUUGGUUAAGAAAUUAUCAAAUUGUUGAAGAAAAUGGUUCAUUAGCUGAAAUUGGUCCAAGAUUUGUUCUCAAUUUACAUUGUAUUUUUGAAAAAAGUUUUUCUGGUAUGCUGAUCUAUGAAAAUCCGUUAUAUGUUGCACCAAAUUUAAAACGUCAUAUAGCUAAAGAACAAGCGUCACAAAAAUAUAAACAACGUAUCUAUCAAAAAUUAUCUUAUGAACAAAAGAAACCAGAAGAGAGUUUUCCAUAUGAUAAAACCGAUGAAAUAUUUCAAACACCGGCUCAACCAUCCGAUAAUGAUGAUGAUGAUGACGAUGAUGAUUCAGAAUAA